UGCGCAAGGUAAUUGUAGGAUGGGCCCUAAUAAAUGGAGACAAACGGGAGUAAAGGACAUCGACAACAUCACCAUGAACUCAGUAGUGAAACUACCAGAGUCAUUAGUAACGCCCCUUUUGAGACGUCAAUCAUGGGAAUUUGACUCGAGUGCCCGAUCAGACCCGACAGCAAUUCAAAUUUCCGCUCCGAGAUUCGUCCGCGCCAAUCGAGCCAUCCAUUUCCCUGCUUUUCGAUAUGGCUGGAGACAGCGGCCCUCACAUGGACACCGAUUCGCGUAAGCCACGCCACCCGAAUUUGGUAUUUAUGGAUGAGGAGGGAGGCUUAAGAUUCUGGGUUCAUCCAAGCCUCCCUGGAAGGCCAGAAAUCACUGAUCGAAUCGAGCGCCAUGGUGGAAAAGUAGUGGAUAGCAUUCGCCCUGCGUACUUGGCCAUCACAGAUGACGAGUUCUGCGACAAUAAAGAACUACGCGAACAUCCUCUCCGCACAAUAGGAGUGAUGCCGCAAUGGGUUCAGGACUCAAUUGAUGCGUGUAAGAUUCAAGACUUUGAGGAUUAUUUAGUGGUAUACCAUCGACCCGAUACCGAGGAGGGUGCAUCGGGAAUAGAAAGCUCGCCUGAAAACGAACUCAGAGCAGGAACCGUCAUGGAGGUUGACGGAGGUGACGACAACGACUCGGAUCCCGAUCGCUCUUCCAACGAGGACAGUGACUGGGUGGUUCAAGCAGCGAAAGACUUCUUCUCUGACUCGCCCAGAGCCACCUUGGAAAGCUUCUACCGUUGGUGCGCAAAUAAAUCUGUUAUAAGCGGAAGCAUCGUUCAGAGGAUUAUUGGAAAAAAUUCAUUAGUGAGAAGCCACUUCAAAAGACCGUGGAUGGGAUCCGUAAUCCCUACUCCUUGCGUACACCGUCAGAGAGGAAGUCAGAUGAACCUCCCACUACGACGAAACAGAGAGUCAGCAAAUUUCCCAGGGGUUGGUCCGAGAAAUUACGGGACGAGAUGGUGUCGCACAUCGCACUGAACCCUGGACUCCGCCCAUACACGUUGUGGAG